GCCUUCUUCACCACCCCUUUCCUUUCUCUCUUCUCUCUCUCCUCGUCUCUCUCGCUCUACCCUCUCUCACCCCUUCCCACCGGUGAAUCUUCCUCAAUACUCAUAAACAGCCGCCAAUAUGUCCUUCGACCAGCCGCGGGUGUAUGCUGCCUCGGUACUCCCUCCUAGCGAGGUUCCUGGCGACGAAUCUCGCCUGGAGACAGAGGAGAGCUUUAGAGAUUUCAUCCUCGAGUUCAGAAUCGACAGCGAUUUCAUCUACCGUGAUCAACUACGGGAAAACAUCCUGAUCAAAAAAUUCUGUCUGUCGGUCGACAUGUCGCAUCUCAUCUCGUACAACGAAGAGCUCGCUCACAGACUGGUUAAUGAACCCGCUGAUAUGCUUCCUCUGUUUGAAUCUGCCGCGAGAGAUGUCGGCGGACGCGUUAUCUUCUCUGGAAACACCGAAGGGACCGGUGAAGCCGACCAGGCCAAGAACAUGGAAGAAGAGUCCCGGAAACAAGUUCCUUACUGUCAAGUCAUCUUGACCUCCAACGCCAACCCCUUGCCCAUCCGGGACCUGGACUCCACGCACAUCUCCAAGCUGAUCAGAAUUCCCGGUAUUGUCAUUGGCGCAUCCACUUUGGCGUCGAAAGCCACGAUGCUUCAUUUGACUUGCAAGGCCUGCCGCCACGUCAAGAAGCUGUUUGUCGGUGGUGGUUUUGCUGGUGUUACUCUUCCCCGCAUGUGUGAUGCGCCGCCUCAGAUGGACGAGGCCAAGAACUGCCCUCCGGACCCAUAUAUCAUUGUUCACGAGAAGUGUCAGUUUGUAGACCAGCAGAUCUUGAAGCUGCAGGAAGCUCCGGAUAUGGUUCCUGUCGGUGAGAUUCCUCGCCACAUCAUUCUCUCGGCCGACCGCUACCUCACCAACCAGGUCGUUCCUGGAAGCAGAUGCACAAUCAUGGGAAUCUACUCAAUCUACCAGUCAAAAGCAGCUUCUCGAGGAACGGGAAAAGCUGUCGCUAUCCGUAACCCGUACGUUCGAGUUGUCGGUCUGCAGAUCGAACAUGAUCAUCAUAGCAAGGCGGCCGCUUCGUUCACAGACGAAGAGGAAGAAGAGUUUUUGGCUCUUUCUCGUCAUCCCAGGCUAUACGAGGUCUUUGCAAACAGUAUCGCUCCGUCUAUUUAUGGCAACACUGAUAUCAAGAAAGCUAUUGCUUGCUUAUUGAUGGGUGGAUCAAAGAAGAUUCUGCCUGAUGGUAUGAGGCUUCGAGGAGAUAUCAACGUGCUUUUACUCGGAGACCCUGGUACCGCCAAGUCCCAGAUCUUGAAGUUCGUCGAGAAAGUGUCGCCUAUCGCAAUCUACACCUCCGGCAAGGGCUCUUCAGCAGCUGGUCUCACAGCUUCGGUUCAGAGAGACGCCGCGACCAGGGAGUUCUACCUCGAAGGAGGUGCGAUGGUUCUUGCUGACGGAGGUGUAGUCUGCAUCGAUGAGUUUGACAAGAUGCGAGACGAAGAUCGCGUCGCUAUCCAUGAGGCGAUGGAACAGCAAACAAUCUCGAUCGCAAAAGCUGGAAUCACUACGAUUCUCAACUCCCGUACUAGUGUUCUUGCUGCAGCCAAUCCUGUCUUUGGUCGAUACGACGAUAUGAAGACUCCUGGCGAGAACAUUGAUUUCCAGACCACGAUUUUGUCUCGUUUUGACAUGAUUUUCAUCGUCAAGGACGCACACGACGAAGCAAGGGAUCAGUCGAUUGCAAAGCACGUCAUGAACAUUCACAUGAAUCAGUACUCUUCUGCGGCCACCGAAGAGCAGGCGGGAGAGAUUCCGAUCGAGAAAAUGCGCAGAUACAUCUCCUACUGCAAAACCAAGUGCGCUCCAAGACUGUCUCCUGAGGCGUCCGAGAAGUUGUCGAGUCACUUUGUCAGCCUCCGCAAGCAGGUCCACCAGGUCGAGCAGGACUCCAACGAGCGAUCGAGUAUUCCCAUCACAAUCCGUCAGCUUGAGGCAAUCAUUCGAAUUACCGAGUCGCUCGCCAAGCUCCAGCUUUCACCAAUUGCGAGAGAGGAGCAUGUGGAUGAGGCUUUGAGACUAUUCUCUGCCUCAACCAUGGACGCCGUCGGACAGGGAGCGGGAUCGCGAACAGAGCUCGUCGAGCAGGUUAAUAGAAUCGAGGCCGAGCUCAAGCGACGUCUGCCGAUCGGCUGGAGUACCUCGUAUCAGACACUGGUACGCGAGUUCGUGGACGGGAAAAAAUACUCGCAGCACGCCUUGGAUAAAGCCCUGAUGAUUGCCGAACGUCGCGACACUAUUCAGUUCAGACACCAGCGUUCCAACGUUUACCGUACUGGAGUCUAAACUGGUCGAAAUGAUUUAGGGCGCUAUCAUUGAUGAUGGGAUUCGGUGUUUUGUUUUAGCAGCGGUUGUGUAUGAUUGAUCUUGCUGAUCUGUUUCGUCUUUGUUUGAGGUUGUUUAAAGAUGUAUUGUAUGGCGUUUGUGCUUUCUUGUGUUCGAAUAAUGAUAAUAGUGCAAAGUAUUUAUUGACCGUCGCAGUCAGAAACACGCAGACUGAUAUCUGUCAACAGACGACGUCAUGAAAACAAUAACCGUAAAUCACUAACUUAAUGAAAAGCUCAAACGUCUCCAUGUUAGGAAAG